ACCUCACCUCUGUCACACCCUGUGCCUCUUUAUCUAUUUAUGUACCUAUCUGUGGUGGUGAAUCUUUAGGAGGGCUGAAGUUGCCUUUAUUAGAGACUCCAUGGGGUUAAUGAUUGCAGGCUGAAGUUGGAGAGUAUAAAGUAGGCAGCACACCGCUGGUUCUUCUUACCAUCACUGUCUGUCACCAUGUCUUUUUCUGGAAGGUACCAGCUGGAGUCUCAGGAGAACUUUGAGCCUUUCAUGAAGGCUAUUGGGCUCCCUGAUGAACUCAUCCAGAAAGGCAAAGACAUCAAGAGUAUCUCUGAGAUUGAGGAGAAUGGUGACCACUUUAAAGUGACAGUCACCACUGGCCCCAAGGUCCUCGUCAAUUCCUUCACCAUUGGGAAGGAGGCAGAGCUGGAGACCGUCACUGGGGAGAAGGUCAAGUCGGUGGUUCAUCGUGAAGGCAACAAGCUGAAGGUCUCCCUGAAGGGAAUCGAUUCUGUCACAGAAAUGGUGGAUGCGAACACUAUUCUCAAUACUAUGACAGUUGCCGGCAUCGUGUACAAGAGGACGAUUAAACGCAUUUAAAUGUUUGCACUUUGGAAUAAUAAAAUGUAAAAAAAAGGCAAAGCUGUCUUGCUUUAUUUAACCUUAAAUGCCCCUAGAUGUUGAGUCUGACUCUGCAGGUCAUGAGUAAUUUCCAAAGGAUAACAACAACUAACAGUUAAACACUUUUUUUUCUUGUGCGUGUUUGGGGACAUACAACUUCAGAAUCAGAAAUACUUCAUUUAUCCCAAACUGGGAAUUUUUUUUAACUUGCUAAAGAUCACUCCAAUAGCCUGCUUAGUUUGCAUGAAUCAAAUUCAAUUUUGAGGCAAAUGUGCUAAGACAAUCUACAGUAAUGCCUUUGUGUUCAUAAUAAAUGCUCAUCUUCUGCAA